AUGGCUCGGGUCCUCUUGGUCUUCAAUGCAGUUUUUGGCCUCGCACCGCUGAGCGUCCGUGCCGCGAGCGGCGCCGCGAGCGGCGCGGUCGCCGGCGGCUCGGCGCCGCCCAACGAUUGGUUCGCCGCGCUGGCAGAGACCUGGGCGCUCUCGAGUGGUUCCGAGGCCCAACAGACAGUGGGUUUGGAACGCUUGGAGCAGAGCUUGUUGCAGUUGGCGCAGCGAAGCCAUGAGGAACCAGACAACAGUACCUUGGCAGCGAUCAACAACAUCGGUGACCUCAUUCGUGAGAUGAUCGGGGCGGUGCUUUCCACGAACGACGCCAUUCAGCAUCACAUCCGCCAGAAGAAGGACGCCAUGGUGAACUGCACCUUUCGGCUGUCUCGCAUCAACGAGGCCCACAGGUCCUUCUGGAUGAGGAUCCAUGCGCACCGCUGGAAACACCUCACGUGCAAGCAGGAAGAAGUGGCCAUUUAUACUCAAUUGGAGCAUUGUGAGCAGGAGAAGAGUAGAUGUAUGAACACCACCGCUUGCUGUGCCGAGCUGGUUCAACCCAACAAGUACUGCCUGAACCCGGGCGUGGGCCCAUCCCCUCUGCAGUUCCAAGCGGGCUGCCAAACCACUUCGAGGUGCAAGGAGGAGUCUGUGACCUCAAAACUCAGCUUUUUCAAAGAGAAGAUUCAUGAGUUGGAUCUGGCCGAGAAGGCCUGUGAAGAUUCCCGCAAGGGCUGCCAAGACUACUAUAGCUGCACCACACAGCAAACCGUGUGGAAGAUGCAGCACAGCUACUGCAACCUGAACCAGACCGCCUUUGAGGAAGCCUGGUGCCACUACGCAGCGCAGGUUGAGGCCGAAUUCGAGGGCUUCGCCGUGUGCUUCGACCAUCGGCGCACAAAUUACCUGCAGUAUGAGACUGAGCAAAAGGCACAGCUGGUGAUACGGCAGCAGGAAUGGCGGGCGCUGGUCCGCAUCCGGUGUUUUACUCGUGCCUUCGAGCAUGCCUUCCAGAAGAGUGGCCGUUUUGAAGAGAUGUCGAAACAUCCCGGUGAAGUUGAACACUGCCAUUGGCCACUACCGCAAAUACCAGCCGCGGUGUCACCGAUACUUAUGGGCUCCUGGCAGCGAGCCCCUUGGUACUUCAGCAAAUACCUACAGCACAUUUUCCCCGUGAAGUUGAUGCCCUCCUCCUUGAGGACGGCCGGCUGUGUGUCAGCCUUGCCGACGAGCCAUUGCCCCGUGGUCGGUUCGCAGCAUCGCUUGCUGCUGGCGCAAGCGCAAAUGAUGCUGACGGUCUCUGGGAAGGAGGAGGCACGGCGAAGCCUCACGUUACCAGGAAACUUGAAGAGACCCGACUCUGCCAGGCGACGUAUCCGCGACACCGUCGGUGGAUCGAUGACGUCUCCGCGUGACGGUCGUGACGAGAGACGCGCCGAGGCGGAGGAAUGCGCAAAGCCCGAGCUUGCAGCUACAGGUGGCCAGUUGCCAAUGCCGGCACACCCGACCACUGUUCAGACGACGGAGGAGUCCAAUGGCAAGGAGUCCGCGCCCUUCCGGUCGAGGAUCGAGAGGGACGAGGAAGAAGACGUCCGUGCGGAGAUGUUCCUGAAGACCGGCGUUUGUUCAGCGGAACACAGGGCGGUGCCAGGCGACUGCCAGGUGGAAGCGGCAGAGACCAAGCGAACCUUGUUGGAGCUGGGCGUGCCAGGUCAGGAACUCCUGGGCGAGGACCAUUGUCAAUGGGAAUAUGUGACGUGUGAGUUUCUAGGCUGCCACGUUAUUGAGCUCUACUGCCGGCAUAGCUGUCAAGGCCGGCUCCCGAAGGAGCUCAAGCUGAAACACCUGAUGGAGGUGGACUUGUGCAAGUCCAACGUCACUGGGGACCUCGCAAGCUUCCAACACACCCCCAAGCUCACGCGUCUCUUUUUGGACAAGUCGCGCAUGGGAGGCGACCUCAAGGAUUUGGAAGCGACCCCACUGCUGGAAGCCCUUAGCCUGGCCCAGACUCGCGUCGGAGGCGACAUUGCGGCCCUUGCGAAGUUACCAGCAAUGCAAAGCGUGCAGCUUCAAAACACCCAGGUGGAGGGAGAUGUCAAGGUGUUUGCAGCCUUUGGAGCUACGUCAGACCUGAUGGAGGUGAACUUGGCUUCGACCAAGGUGCAUGGCAACUUGACACACUUCACAGGUGCUGAGGACCUACAAAGGUUAGACCUCUCCAACACCCAGGUGACGGGGACUUUAGGACCCAGGACUUGGCUGGUGAAGGGUGAAGAGCUACAGGUGCUCAAUUUGGCAAAUACCUCCAUAACCUUCGAGUUUGAUCACAAGUACAGCAUCCUGCCCAGAUUGGAGUCUUUGAAUGUCCAAAGUUGCGAUCUCCGCGCGGACGUCAUGCACCUGCUGCACUCCUUCAGUCGUUCCGGCUCCUUGCAAACGAUCAUCGCCUCGGACGCCUCGCUCAGUGGGGAACUCCUGGCGCUCAGCGGUGCGGUGCCCAUCUCGAAGUCCCUGCUGACGUUGGACCUCUCAGGGAACAACAUCACCAGAGUGUGGCGCAUUGCUACCUGGGCCGAGUUUGGCCGGACCUUGACUUUACUACAGAGGCAGCAAAGCCCCGUGAGAGUGAGCAAGUAUGUCUUGGAGGCGGCGGUGGCCUCGCAGACCGUUUUUGACUUGACGGGCACCACCUUGUCGCACCGUCAAGAAGCGGCUGGCGAGCUUUUCGCCAGCGGUUUGCUGAAGAGUACCACAGAGUUUGCGUUGCGCGAUGAGCAGGGGGGCUUCGCAUGUAAAAACCUCAUUGCGGGGAGUCUUCGUGUGACACCAUCGCUGUUUCUGCCCGAGGAACUUUGCAGGUGUUUGCCUGGCUGGUAUGGGCAUGGAGCGCAGUGUCGUCCUUGUCCACCCAACACCUGGAAGGACAGCGUCACCAACGCUGACACGUGCCACCCGUGUCCAGCCAACAGCACGUCCUUGGAGGGCUCCAGCGAGUUGCGUCACUGUAAGUGCUACUUCGGAGAGUUGCACAACGGCUCCUGCAGUUGCAAUUCGCAACAUGGUCUACAGGGCGACAGUUGUGUGCCAUGCAGCAAGCUGAACUUGCAAUGCAGCCAGCCUGGAAGUAUCCUUUCUACAGCGGUGCCUGAGCGCGGCUUCCUACGCUUGGCGCCCGGCGCCGAGGAGGCACGCCGGUGCCCCGCGCCGGCCGAGGUGCGCUGCUCGGGUGGACACCGCUGCAGCGAGGGCUACAACGGCACGUUGUGCACGAGCUGUGCCGAGGGCUUUUGGGCCAGCGGACCACGCUGCCGGACCUGUGCUGAUGCCAGUUCCAUCUCUUUAUGGAUCCUCUCACUGCUCGCAGCCGUGGCGCUCCUUGUUGCCCUCCUCGUCUACUACCGCAGCCGCCUCUCGGGGUCCGAGCGGCGCAGGUCGGUCAGCGCUCGAGAACUCCUGCAGAAACUGAUCCUUCUGCAAGCCCCAGUCCUCCUCCAAACCGUGCAGCUUUGGAGUGUUUUGACGCGCUUGGCCACGACAGAAACGACGGAGCAGCGCGACGGAGAGCGCCUUCCUGAGAUCCCCUAUCUCGAAGCCUUGCAGCUGACAGCCUCGGAGAUGCAAAAUUCCUUAAACCUCCAGUGUCGCUGGGGCGAUGCCGCCGCCGUGCGCGCCUGGGCGGCGAUGAGCUCGCCCUUGGCCCCCUUGCUGUUGCUUGCGUGUUGUGCUGCUUUCGAACUCUUCCGCGCUGGCCUGGGCGUGAAUAUGGCUCUCAGGACCCUGACCUUUCUCUUCAUUGGUGGUGCAUCCUCCACCUCCCGCCUUUUGAGCUGUCAGAGCGUCGAUGGAGACGGGCACAGCUUGGGCGAGUGGGCCUUCCGCUCGGCAGUACCGACGCUUCGGUGCUCCAAUGGAGAUGGCCUGGGCUUCUGGGUGGACCUGGUGGGCUACAGUUCUGCUGUUGCAUACGGCCUUUUGAUCCCACUCUUUCUGGCUUGCCUAAUGCUUUGGCAGUCCUUCGCUUUGCAGGAAGCACGGCUCAUAUAUGCCCACGCCACCGUGGAGCAUGAGAAGAGCACGUUGCAACUGCAAACUCUCCAGGGACGGAUGUCCAUGGAUGAAGUACUUCCCAAGCGCCUGCUCGCGGCGGCCGCGGCCCAUUUGUCGGUCCAUUGCCGCGGGGAGAUGCUCGUGAACUUGGAGGACGAAAAGGUGGUUCUCACCUCGUUGGGGCAGCCGCAAGGUGAUUUUUACGAGGAGGAACCAAUGGAUCCGAUGAAGCUCGUGGCUGACCAGCAGACAGCCAAGAACUUGGACAGGCUCCGCAGCAAGCGCCUCUUCGAGAUGCUCUUGGAGCGUUUGAUGCUCGCAGAGGCCCGUGGCAGCGAUCGGACCGGCGAGCCGGGCACCAUCGAUGUCACAAUCGGGCCAGUGCUGCUGACGCGACAUCAUCUAUUGUAUCAGUGCGGGAUCUGGCGGCUCACUAUGAUGCUAGCUUCAUUGUACAUGUGGCGAUUUCAAAGCUGCUCGAGCUGCGGGAUGGCAAGAUUCAGGCUUCCACUGGCAAGCCCGUCAAUGGCUUGGCCUUGCAAGCAACUUGGUGUGCCCAUCCAGCUGAGCAGCGGAGCUGAUCGAUCAAAUAGUCUAGAACUACAGGGCGGUCCGCCAUGCAGUGCUCCAUCCUCGACCAGCCUAAGUGAUCAAGCCCGGAUGCUGCUUGGGGAGUCGAUCUGGGUCGCCUGGGCCACAUACUCCGCCGCAUGGAUGAGCAUCACCGUGAUUGCAUUCGGCGUCAAUGCCAAAGGGGAUAUCGAUGCGUUGUUGGUGCGCUUUGGGAAGGCCCCUUCCGGUCCAAGUGAUGGAGAUGGCGCUUCUUGGUGGUAUAGCCAUUCGGCAGCUUGAGAUGAGGGUGCGGAUGAGCUUUGCCUCCACUCUAACCCAUGCCUGGCUGGUCAACCCUCUCCAUGUUCAUCCGGCUUUUGCGGCGCUGCAG